UGAAGAGGAAGAGAAGAGAAGAGCAGCUUCAUCUCUGCCAGAGUUUCCUCGACACACGAAGGUUUAAAGAGUGUUUAGGUCGACCUGAAGAGUUCAGCAGUGAACUAUGGCACACAUCGUUAAAGACUCCAGCCUGGGGGACUGGGAGGUGAUUGGAAGAGGGGGUUUUGGACAAAUCUACAAAGCCAGGCAUCAUCAGUGGGGCUUUGACGUGGCCAUUAAACUACUUCUUCAAGGCGAGGGGACCGAGAAGUCUUUGCUGCGUGAGAUCAAGAUGAUGCGUCAAGCCACCAGCCCGCAUGUUAUGGCCGUCAGAGGGAUCUUCAAGGGUCAAACACCCUCCUCUCGCGGGUCAACACAGCUUGGUGUGGUCAUGGAGCUCAUGAAGAGAGGAUCAUUGGCCUCCCUACAGGCAGCAUUGAGGGGAACUCCACCCUGGCCGCUGGUCUUCAGACUGGCUCACCAAGUGGCUCUGGGUAUAAACUACCUCCACAGUCUGCCCCGUCCUGUGCUCCACCAGGACCUGAAGCCCCAAAACGUGCUGCUGGACGACUUUCUCAAUGCCAAGCUUACAGAUUUUGGCCUUGCCCGGAUUUCCUGCAGCGUCACACAGGUUCCAAAGAAUGGUGAACCACAAGGAGGGACGUUUAACUACAUGCCACCAGAGGCUUUUGAUCCAUCGUAUGAACCUACCAGAGCCUUUGAUAUCUACAGUUAUGGGAUACUCCUUUGGUCCAUUGCCACAGGGAAACAACCAUAUGAAAAUGCAAAGCCUGCCUUAGUGAUGCUUCGCAUCCCGGAGGGGGACCGGCCAAAGCUGGAUGAUAUCAAGGGCGAUGCUGCCGGGUUGAGAGAGUUGACAGGACUGAUGAAGAGAUGCUGGGAUCAUAAACCUGAACGAAGGCCCAGAGCCCUUGAGUUUACAACUGAGACAGAACAAUUGUUCAAGAUGCACAAACAUGAACUCAAUAAAGCUGUCUAUGAAGUGCUGAAGAAACUGGACCAAAAGGAAGAAGAAGACAUGGCAGCAGGAGAGCAGGUUCAGAGGGAUCAAAUCCCUGGGGCUCCAGUGGAGGGGAUCCAACAGGCCCUGAGAGGAUUGGAUCUGCCUGCUGUGGACCCUCUCAGGUAUGAACACACAACAAGAGCUCAAACUCUGCUGGUGCCUCUAAUUUCUUGUCCUUCAGCUGAAGAACUUCUUAUUUCUGUUCAGAGGAGAGAGUAG